CAGUCGUAGAAGAACCGAGACGCGACGUAAAAUAAGUUUUUACGGUUACUCACAAUUUUUUUCUCCUCUGUUGCGUGCAAAUAAAAGCAUUUCCACACAACGAAUUCACGGAUCAAGAUCAAACCUACAAUACCAACUCCACCAACGUUCGCAUCACUUCAUCACCAUGCCUCCUGCCAUUCCUGACGAAAUUCAAGCCAUGGGCUUUGCCGAAGCCAAGGCUGACCCUUCUCCGCUCACGUAUUCCGUCAAGCCCUUGGCGGCCACGGACGCCGACAUUGUCAUCACCUACAACGGUGUUUGCCACAGCGAUGUGCACAUGAUCGACAACGACUGGGGCAUGUCCGUGUACCCGUUGGUGCCGGGUCACGAGAUCGUCGGACACGUCAUCAACGUUGGGUCCGCCGUGACGAAUCUGAAGGUCGGCGAUGCCGUGUGUUUGGGAUGCGUAGCCCAAUCCUGUUUGACGUGCGACCAGUGCGAAAGCGGCGUCGACAACUUGUGUGCCUCCAAGACACUCACGUACAUGGGCAACACGUCGGACGAGACUGGUGAGCACCGUCACUACGGUGGGUUUGGUUCCUACAUGCGUACGGACGCUCGCAAGCUGUUCGUUGUCCCGGAAGGAUUGGAAGAAAAGUACGUGGGACCGCUCAUGUGUGCGGGUGUGACGGUCUUUGAGCCGCUGCACCACGCACUCGGAGAUAGUCUCGACGCGACGGGCAAGACGAUCGGUGUCAUGGGUAUUGGUGGACUGGGCCAUUUGGCCCUGCAGUACGCGUCCAAGAUGGGUGCGACAACGGUGGCGUUUUCGCGCGGAACGUCGAAAACGGACUUUGCCAAAGAGCUGGGUGCGACUUCGUUGGUGGACACGACGAGCGAAGAGGCCUUUGCCGGUGCUGCCGGUACUUUGGACAUUUUGCUCAUUACCACGGCUGGUGGCUUUGUGGACAUUGGCAACCUCAUGAGUUUGAUGAAGCCGUACGGCAUCAUUCAUCUAUGCGGUGUCCCCGGCGAAGACCUCAAGUUUAACGCAUUCGGAUUGAUCCAGAACCGCCUGACCGUGUCGGGAUCGCUGGUCGGUGGUAAAGUUGACAGUGCUCUGAUGCUCAAGUUCUCCGCGGAGAAUGGAAUCAAGCCCAUCAUUGAAGAGUUCCCCCACAGUCACGCGAAAGAAGCGUUGGAGAAGGUCCGUGAUGGAUCGAUUCGCUUCCGUGCCGUACUCAAGAAUGAUUUGGUCUAAAGUAAGACACUCUAGGCUUUACCGUUAGACACUGUCCCAGUGUCCUGUUUCGGCACAGCCACUCGCUCUACUAUUUAGAAAAUAUUGAAGCAUUGAAAAGA